AUGAAACGCAGUGCUUUCGAGCCAUUGGAGGGCGAGAAGGAGAACGCGGUAGCCCUGGUCGGUGGGCGGUCCCUCGCGCGGGUUGUGGCGCUUCGAGCGGCGGCACCGCGGGAGCUGGGCGCGAUGAGGGAGCAGUUUGAGUCGCGGCUGGCGUCGUUGGACUUCGAGGGGGACCCGCUGGCGGUGUUCCUGGAGUACAUUGCGUGGAUCAAAGAUGCGGUGGUGCAGGGUGGGAUGUCGCGGGCGAGCGGGCUGCUCGAGGUCACGGAACGGUGUCUGAUGUACUGUCAGGGCGAGGAAAGGUACGGGAACGACGAACGGUACGUGCGUCUCUGGCUGGAGUAUGCGUGGACUUUCUGUGGGGACGAUGCGGACCGCAGGGACGUGUAUGUGUUCAUGUUCCGGAACGGGAUUGGUUCCCAGGUAGCCGCGUACUACGACCAGUUUUCGAAGUGGUUGUAUGCGAUGGGUAAAACGGAGGAGUGCCUCCAGCUACUGCGGACGGCACAGGCGAGGCGUGUGCAACCGGAGAAUCUCAUAGUGAGACGGUUGGGACAGCUCGCGCAGAGCACCUCUUCCGAUGUAGACGGCACGGCAAUGGCACAAUACUUCAGUGAGAGCAAUCCGCCGACGAUUCUGAGCAGACGGCGAGAUUUGCUGCAGCAAGAGCACAGGGAACGGCAAUUGCAGUCGCAAUCGGGCAGCACCAGGACUAGCAGUAGCGGUAUAUUUCGAGACGACGAUGACGACGAUGACACCAACGACGAGACAACUCCCCACAAAGGUUGGUCCUUUUUGAGAUCCAAGCGGCAGCGAGACAAAGAGAACCGAGCUUUGCCGCAAGGAGUCAUUGAACGCGGCAUGAACCUGGGAACCCUGGACACUCUGGACAACACGGUGUCCACCGCUGGCAAGACCAAAAUGGCCAUAUUCCACGAUUCAUUGGGGAGGAGCGACCCUGUGUACACUACCUUGCCCAGCUGCGACGACAAGAGCGAGAAGAUAGACUGCAACUUCGCACUGGUGUACGACCAGGACGAGGAGUACUCCAUCGAAAUGAUCUUGGCCGUCUCUAGAGGGUUGCUCGCAGCUGGGUACUGUCAUAAAAGAAGAAGGUUAAAGCCAGCGGCCCGGCCCGUGCGUAUGCAUACAUAG